GUCUCUAACAAGUCUGUGCCCAGGGGCCCAUUGCCUGAUAAUCCGUCCAUGCAUGGAUGUCUAUCUAUGCUUGCUCUGUCAGGGUGUGCGCCCUACAAGUGGAAUAUAGUGAAGCACUCGACAUUUAUGAGGCUGAGAGUGUAAACACUGAGGGACAGAUGUCACUCGCCUGAUUCUUCCGCUGGAACUCUUUUUUCCAGAAACACUCCAUGACCGUCCUCUAUGACAAUCACUCCCCCCUCUACCUCCCUCCCUCCCUCGCAGCGCAGGAACAAAAAGACAUCUGAGCUAUGUGGAUGGGGAAGAAAAAUCACAGCACUUUGUGCAGCGGACACCGCGCUCCGGUUUCACAAAGUCUCUGACAGGCGGGCGCGCUGUUUUUACGCAUAGCCUCAAGUCCUGUGAGGUAUUGUAGACAUUGUUUAGUAGCUGUGUAGUAGACUCCUGAGAAGACACCGGAGCGACACACUCUCUGAUAACUGGAUACCUGAGUCCAAAGUAAGUUUUUUUUUAAGAGAGAGAGGGAGAGAGGGGAAUAGAAGCGCUUGGAGACGCGGACUGUAGCUGCGUAAAGGCGUGACGCAUGGACUUGUUAUGUUUAAGAAAGAUAUUCUGACCGACAGAGUGACGCUUUUCUCAGUUUGAACUUCUCAUUCAAAUCCGCUUGACACCAGCUGACACAAAAAAGAACAAGACUGAUGAGAUUUUAAAUGAGGAGACCUCAUAAAGUCUCUCCUUAGACCUCCUGACACUGUACCGACCAUGACUUCACUUUAGAGAGAGACGCAGAACAUGUUCUGAGAAAUUUCCCGCGGUGUUAUUUACUCAUUAGGACGCUGUUUGGAGGCAAGACUGAACAGGUAAGUGGAGGUAAGGAGACAUGCCUGAAAAACUGGCUUAAGUUCAUUAAACGAUGAUUGGAUGUGAGUCAGCCCGGAUACUGCACGAAUGGCUAAUUGAGGACUUCUUUUUUCUUUUUACACUUCUGAUUGUUUGACUGUGUGUCUGUCGUUCACCGCAUUGGAGUGUGUGUGUGUCACCGCAAACAAACUUCUACCUAAUUAGGUUUUAUGUGGGAUUUACCCUGCGUGCGCCAGGCAGUUGUAAAGUUUAUUUUCCCCCUGACCUGAAUAGCUUUUCGUCUGCAAACCGUCCAUCUUAACGCGUCAUUUGGUCUCGUAUUUUGUCUUAAAAUACACAUUUCUUUAAGAAACUGAAAAUACUUGUUUCAGGAGUUUUCUAGGAGAGUUUUGAAACAAGAAAAUGUGCCAUUAUUCAUUUUACGCAUAGACAUCUUGUUUUGUAUUAAAAAUAAAUUAAUUUAGGACGUUUGUUUUAAAGAAAUGUGUGAUUAAAAUGUGAAAAACGAUCUUAUAUAAUGGUCAAACUUCCAGAUCUAUUAUAAAACCUGAUACAUGUUUGGAUAAUCUGACUUUUGCUCGCAGGUUAACAGUCUGUAUUCACUCUCCAGCCCUCUCUGUUCCUGUCCAGGCUGCUGAGACUCUUGCCAAGAAGCGGUGACAGGACACCGGCCAGAGAAAAAAGGGAUUUUGGCCGCGUAAAAAAAACGAGGAGGAGGCGCCUCUUGCGUUGAAGCAGAACCGCUUUUAGAUGGAUUCUUCAUGUUUGCUUCAGCCUCAGCGGAGACAGCCUGCUCUGGACACUUGCAAGCCGUGACAGUGAGGUGUAAAACAUGGCACAUCGCAGCGUAUGGAUAGCCACAAACAUGAGCUGCACCCAGCCUGGAAGAAGCGGCUCGGCUCUCCUCUCCGGUGCGCACUUGGAGCAGAAUGCGCACAGGACAGCUGGUGGGACCAGAUGGAGGGCUCGGAGGAAGGAUAGACAGGAGAUUACGUCUGUAAUGUCAGCAAAAGCGAAGGUGCUGCUGUGGGUGCUCCUCUCUCUGCUGCCUCUAGUGGAAGGAGCUCAUAUGAACGCUGGUGCUGCUGGUGUGGGAUCAGAUUCGGGUCAUGCUGUGGGCCUGUUGGGAGGACAGGAGGAGCGGGAGCUUCCUGUGACGCUUCCAGAGGUGGUGGAGGAUGAAGAGCAGGAAGACGACAGUGACCCUUACUCUACUUGGCAUCCUUUAAAUGACCCCUUUGUCAUAGAUGAGGUGGAUGACCAUCCUAGUAGUCGCUGGGCGGGACGCUCGCCACGCUCUUCUGACCCCUCAGAACCUCAACCCAAGGGAUCACCAAAGAAAAAGAGGAAGAAGAAAGAAAAGAGUAAAGGUAAAAACAGCCGGCAGCCGAAGCAGAGCAGCAGGGACUGCCGUGUGGAGAAAAAAGAGAUGAGGGUUCGGGACCUGGGCCUGGGGUUUGACUCGGACGAGAUUGUCCUCUUCAAGUUUUGUGUGGGCUCCUGCCAGUCUUCAAGAACAAACUACGACCUGGCACUGAAGGCACUGCUGGAGAACGGCUCACUGCCCCGUCGCACCACUCGCAAGGUCAGCAACCACCCCUGCUGCCGGCCUGACCGGUACGAGCCGGUUUCCUUCAUGGACGCCCAGACCACAUGGAGGACCAUCCCAUCAUUAUCAGCCGCCAGCUGCAUGUGUAUGGGCUGAAGAAGUGAACGAGGGAGAAGGUGACAAGGAGGGGUGUCACCCAUCCUGAACCAGAGAGGAGUCAAGAGGCUUGGAGGAAGGCCUGCAUACAGGGAAGAGCCAGAGGGAGGUGUUGUAACACACACACACACACACACAGCAGAGGAAGUGAUGGAGGCCACUUGUUGGCUUUCCGGUGGUGUGGUAUAUUUCCUGUUGAGGAGGAGGAAGAGGCCACAGGUGGAUGACUGACUGAGGGGGAAGUGGUCAGCGAUUCACAGUCUGGAUUUAUCAUUACAUCUUCAAAGAGUGAAUUGUUUUCAGCUGAACAAGUGGCAACUAACGCAGGAUACUCCAGACCAGUUAUCACACAUAAAAGAGACUCUAUAUGUGAACACAAUGCUUUGAUUUUGACCUGAAGGUUGAAGCUCAAGAGACACAAUUAAAGGACUGAUGCUGUGUUUAUAUUCUGAUGCAGACUAACACAAAAGACUGACACGAUGUUCACUAUUCCUCACAGUGAAGCAGCUCCUCCUAAAAGCAAUAUCACAUAAAAACAGGCAUUACAUCGUUUCUAUGUUCGGGUGAACUCAGCCAAAUGGAUGCCAUGCAUCUUCAUGUAUUACUGUAUAAAAGUAAAAUAUAUUUAUUUCUGAUAAAUUAUUUAUUUAUUAUAGCUUGAUAUGAGAGCUUGUUUUUAUUAACUCUAUAUUGUAGAUAAAUAUCUAUUUAUUGCAGAGAUUUUAGAUUUCGUGUUGACACGCAUACAGUACGUCCAUUUUUUUUUUUUUUAAAGGUGCUGUUUUUCACAUUUAUCUAAUGCCUCAUAAACCUGGGCUGGACAGCUAAUUCUUGUCAGAAUUAGACUGGAUGCAAUAUUGAUAUACAUCAUUUCUGACAC